GAAAGCUGCUGGUAUUUUUUCUGCAUCCUCCCUCAGAAAGAGCUCUUCAGAGGAUCUUACCACAGCUCCUACCUGCCUGCUUCAACAUGAACAGCUCAGAGCAGAUUUCAUUCCUCUUCAGCUGUAAUGUCAGCCCCAGCGAAACGCCAAAGCUCGACAUCAGCGUCACCAAAAGUGAACCGCUGAGAAUCGCUGUCCCCAUGACCAUCUUUUACAGCCUCGUCUUCUUGCUUGGAGUUGUAUUCAAUGGUGUGAGCAUGCUGACCCUUCUUAUGGACGCUCAUAUGAGAGUCAGUGCCAUUCGUGUCUAUCUUCUGAGUCUGGUUAUUUCAGACCUUCUACAGCUGUUGACCAUCCCAGUCACUUUAUAUCGCUAUUACUGGGAGAGCUAUCCAUGGCGCCUCGGCCAAGCAGUGUGCAAAGUGUACUUCAUGGUCCGCCAGAUGUACUGUGCCUCCACAAGUUGGGUUAUUGUAACCUUUACCACAGAGCGUUAUGCAGCGAUAUGCCACACCAUGUGGUCUGUCUCCAGUCUGAAGAAAUCUCGGCUGCCAUGCCUCAUCACCGUGUGGAUUGUUUCCUUGGUCUCAGCUGUGCCAUUUGCAUUGGUUUAUGACCAGGCACAUGCCUGCAUCCUGGACUACACAGCAACAAAGCAGGAAGAUGCCUUCAAGGUGUCCACCAUGUGCGAAAUGACAGAGCCUGAUCCUGCACACAUCUACAAAGGAGCUUUACUUUUGAGAGCAGGGCUCUUCUUUCUGGUCCCUCUGGUUUCCAUCUUUACACUCUACAUGCUCAUCCUUCUCCACUUACGAAGGAAUGGUCAUCAAAGGAGGAACAUGGGCCUUAUGAGACCAGACUUUGAAGGAAGGCGGGAUAUUCAGUGCCAUCGGAAUGGAAAGCUACUUUCUAAUGAAAAGAAGGCUUUAAAACUUAUGGGUGCAGUCGUGGUAGCUUUCUUCCUCUUCAACUUUCCAGAUAUGGCCUCAUCACUGAUGCAGGUCUAUGUAGUAGUGUGGUCAGACACAGUCCUUUCUGUCUAUACUGUCCUGAAAUCAUAUUUAUCCCUUCCUCUGUGGUACAUCAAUGGUGCUCUGGACCCGCUUCUCUUCUGCAUUUCUUCUCACACAUUUCGCAGGGCCUGCUGGAGAACUUUGAGGAGGCUUAGACCUCGCUGUUACUGGAACCACCAAGGUCUGUCUUGGCGUAGGACACCCAGUUCCAGCGAGGAUGCGAGUACAGUGACCACAGAACAAAAGAAACAAAGAAAACUGGAUAUAGAUAUAAGACAUAUGAAAUUAAACUGACAAAUAUUAUACAUAUUAAACUCACAAAGAUAAUAAAUAGGAAGGAUUAUUAUCAAUAAAAACUGGAACAGCACAGAUCCAAUAUUCAAGGGACCUGGAAAAUAUCAAACAAAAGAAUUAGAAAUGUAAAUGAAAGUCGACAUAAUCCAAACAACUUUCUAAAAGAUGACAUUUUCAUAGAUGAUAUUAAAGAAUUAACAAAUGUUAAUGAUUUUUUGGUAAAUGUUGGGCCUGUUUAAUCAAAUAAAAUCAUAGAGCGAAGGGAAACAAAAGCUCUAAAUAAGGAGACCAUUAGAAGAAAUCCUAAUUCGGAGGGUACACAAAAGUGCAAUUAUACAAAUAGUAAGACAGUUUAAAAAUAAACAGCCUACAGACAGCUCUGACAUAAAUAGGAUGUUGGUUAAAGAUAUAACAAACUAUGUAGUAAGACCAUUCACAUAUAUUUGUAAUCAGUCCUUUAUCACUGGCAUAUAUUCCAUAGCAAAAAAAGUGUUAAAGUAAUUCCAUUCUUUAAAAACAGCAACCGACAUCAGUUCACUAAUUACAGGCCUAUCACCCUAAACUGCCAGUAGCCAGAUUGAUAUGUGUAGGACUUAGCUGAGUUGAAAACUGAGAUCUCAUGAGAAACCAGGAAGUAACCUUCUUGUGCAAAGUUACUAUUGCCCUGCUCCCGCAAUUUUCCAAAAUCUUGAAAAUAAUGUUUGCGGAAAGGCUUGACACUUUUAUAGAGAAAAGUAACUUAUUGAGUCAGCAUCAGUAAAAUGGCUUUCAUGAAACCGGUUGAAGACAUUACAACGGCAACCGAUGGUAAAUGGUAAAUGGCAUGUACUUAUAUAGCUCCUUUUUUCAAGUCAGGAGACUUGAUCUAAGCGCUUUAAACUACAUUAAUUCACCCAUUCACGCACACACUGAUGGUGGCAACCUACA